GUGGAGGCGCUUGGACCACUGGUGCGUUGGAUAUCGCUGGAGACGCGGACGGUCUGCAGCGCGCGGACACUGAUCUACCUAAGGGCGUUUGGCAAGAAUCCAUGUGAAUGCACGCCUUGUUUUAAGAACCAGGAAGCACCGGUAUUUUAUAGGUAGGCUACAGGAAAUAAAAGGUGAAACCUGUGAUUUGGUUUUCGGCGUGUCUAGCGUGGUGUUUGGGUUUAAACGGCAGAUUAAACCCUGCGUAAGCUCCAUCACGGACGCAACAAACGGACACAAUAGCCUAAAAGUUGCGAUUGGAGCAUAACUGUAGUAUUUGUUAUGCCCGAAAUUAGUGCUUUAUGUGGAUUUUUGACGCUCGAAAAGGAAAUCUAGCAUUUCCAUGUGUGCUUUGUUUUUAAUUGAAUUUUAUAGACCUCCACGGCAGUAGCUCAUCUUGCUCAUUGUUACUUUGCCACUAGGCAAUAAAUAGCCUACUGACACAUGCUUUAAAGCAGUCUCACGUAGAUAAGAAAGGAUAGAUAAAGUGCUCAUAGCUGCAUAUUUUGCUCGACAUAGUAUUCAGGCUGUUUAUGUAUUAAAGACGCUAUCUCAGAACUGAACAGCGGUACACUCUCUAGCAUCACCGCUCUAUAUCGAGGACUGAACAUCUCAAUUACCAACAUGACGGAUGGACCGAGACAAAGAGGCAGCGCAGCCCCGAGCACCAGUGAGGAUGGAGCAGCAGACGCGGGGAAAGCAGCAGGACAGUCAUCGGUGGCGUUGAAGAAGGAGAUCGGUCUCGUCAGUGCAUGUGGCAUCAUUGUCGGUAACAUCAUAGGCUCUGGAAUCUUUGUCAGUCCAAAGGGAGUAUUGGAAAAUGCCAGUUCAGUGGGCCUGGCGCUCAUCGUAUGGAUCAUCACAGGCCUUAUAACAGCAAUUGGAGCGCUCUGUUAUGCUGAGCUGGGCGUCACUAUCCCCAAAUCUGGAGGCGACUACUCUUAUGUCAAGGACAUCUUCGGAGGACUGGCAGGGUUUCUGCGGUUGUGGAUUGCUGUGUUGGUGAUCUACCCCACUAACCAGGCGGUUAUCGCUCUCACCUUCUCUAACUACGUCCUGCAGCCUCUGUUCCCCACCUGCUUCCCCCCAGAGAAUGGUCUGCGUCUGCUUGCUGGCAUCUGCUUGUUGCUGCUGACUUGGGUGAAUUGCGCUAGUGUGCGCUGGGCAACACGGGUACAGGAUGUCUUCACUGCAGGGAAACUUCUGGCACUCAUUCUCAUCAUCAUCAUGGGCCUCGUACAAAUCUGCAAGGGCGAAUAUUACUGGUUGGAGCCGGCCAAUGCUUUCGAGCCGUUUCAAGACUAUGAUGUUGGUCUGAUCGCUCUGGCAUUUCUACAGGGGUCCUUUGCCUACGGUGGCUGGAAUUUCCUCAAUUAUGUCACAGAGGAACUCGUCGACCCCUAUGUAAACCUCCCCCGUGCUAUCUACAUCUCCAUUCCCCUUGUGACUUUUGUGUACGUUUUUGCUAACAUUGCCUACGUCACUGCCAUGAGCCCUCAGGAGCUGCUGGCUUCUAAUGCUGUAGCUGUGACGUUUGGUGAGAAGCUGUUGGGAGUGAUGUCAUGGAUCAUGCCCAUCUCUGUGGCCUUGUCCACAUUUGGGGGGGUCAACGGCUCCCUCUUCACCUCCUCUCGGUUGUUCUUCGCGGGUGCACGUGAAGGCCAUCUCCCUAGUCUGCUAGCUAUGAUUCAUGUGAAACGCUGCACUCCAAUUCCAGCCUUGCUCUUCACUUGCAUCUCAACACUUCUGAUGCUGUGCACCAGUGACAUGUACACACUCAUCAACUAUGUGGGUUUCAUCAACUACCUCUUCUAUGGUGUCACUGUUGCCGGGCAGAUUGUGCUGCGGAUUAAACAACCAGAUAUGCACCGGCCAAUUAAAAUCAGUCUGGUGUGGCCUGUCAUCUACCUGCUGUUCUGGGCCUUUCUGCUGAUCUUCUCUCUGUACUCUGAGCCUGUGGUGUGUGGCAUUGGCUUGGCCAUCAUGCUUACUGGUGUCCCUGUCUAUUUCUUGGGCGUGUACUGGGAAAACAAACCCCAGUGUUUUAAUACAUUUGUUGGCAAGAUGACGUACCUGGGUCAGAAGUUUUGUGUAGUGGUCUACCCAAUGGAAGACGAGAAGAAAAACGAAGAGUCUGGAGAUGAGAUCGAAAUGAAGGAACAGUCGGUUCCACUGUCAGCGGAAGAUGAGGAGACACCGAAAUCAGCUGACUGCUGAACAGACACGUGGCGACACACUCAUUCACUCACGUACGGGCUGCCGGACCUAUUCAGAUAGACACUGGAAAUCAAACUCAGAUUUUUUUUCACAUACCACUAUAUUUUGCCUUUUCAUAAAGGGGGGGGGGGGGGGGGUUGCACUGGAGUGCAGUGGCUAAGCUCAGGAGAGAGAAAUGAACAGAGACUAGCUGCUCCACAGGUCAUGUGGUUCUGCUGUAGUGGUCUUAGAAAAUGUUCGACGUUCUCUCUAGUUGCUAGUCUCUUAGCAACUGCUCUCUACUCCAUCGACUGUGCGACAGAAUUACAACACUAAAAUGUGAGAUUACAAAAAGCCCUAAAGCUCUAGAAUGUUUAGCCUAGGGUCUGCAUUUUUUUUUUUAAAAGAACUUUAUGAAACAAUCUUUUCUAUGAGAAUUACAAUUCCAUUUUGAUAAAAAUGCCUAACUACAUCAUGGCUUCGCCUGAUAUGGCAGGGUUUGUUUUAUUUAUUUAUUUAUUAGUACAUUCUAAUGUUCUAAUUCUUACCCCCUCUUUAUUUCUCCUUUUCAGUUCAGGUCUCUGUUGUAACACUCCCAUCAGAAAAUGUUUUUUUUUUUUAUAAGCCAAAGCUGUAUCUUUAAUUUGACGUGUUCUCAUUUCAAGUGUAUUUCAUCACACCAAAACACUCAGAAGCAUUUCUUUUUUUUAUAUUUUGAUAUUUUUGAUUGUCUUAUUCUAAUCAUAUUCCUUUGUUAUUAUAAAAUUAUUAUUGUUCUCUUUCCUGAAAGAAAGCUCUGGGAUCUUUUUUUAAUCAUCGUAUUUUUAAGGUAUAUAUUAAAGAACCAAUUGUGGUGGUUCAGAGUAGUUUUCUACCAGGUUACUCUGGUACUGAUACAAUUCAAGCUCUUUUAUUUGCCUUAAAACUUAUACGUAAACUGUAUUAUAGCUGUUGAAGAGUAUUUUGCUUUCUGAUAUUUUUGAAGAUAAAAAAGUGUUCAAUGAAAACUUAAAGAGACUUAAAGAGUUGAGUGUUGUAACAGUAUCUUACUGACUUCAGACAGUGAAUAUGGCUCAUGUCAUAACCCUCAAUUUCACAGUUUAAUUAUUUCAGAAAUGCACACACAGAUGCAGAUUCACAAUUGCAGAGUGGUUUGGUUAUAUGUGGAAAAAAAUAAAUAAAAACAAUAGUGGAGCAUAGCUAGUGUUUGUGAUGUAGCUGAAAGCCUGUGAGAAUGUAAUAGUUAUAUAGUUUUGGUCCUAUCAUUUAUUAUGUAAAUAUACAAAAACUUGAAAAGCUUGUUAAAUUAGUCAUAUAAUGCACAAUAUAUCAUAAUUGUGUUGAUGGACGUUAAUGUAGGUGCAAUACAAGGGACUAGAAUCAAUCGAUCAAGCUAACAAACCUAUGAUUUAUUCAUAGUCUGGAUGAUUACAUUUAUAUACUAAAACUACACACCAAAAUGAAACGAGCCUUAAAGAUAAUAUAUAUAUUAAUAUGUGUAAUUAAAUGAUAUAUGCUCCGUUCAAGAAUACAUGACUAAAGUGUUCGGUAUGUUUGUGUCACUCAUCCAUACAAUCGCAUAAGGCUUUUUAGUGGUCACAGGGUCUGUUCGUUGUGCCUCUGUGUUGAUGCUUUUACUUCUACCCACUUGUGAAGACUAUAGAAAGUGCCAAUUGUUCUUUGUUGUAUUUUGUUUUAUUACUUUGUUAUUUUUUGCAUAUCUGUAAUGUGUAGGUGCUAUAUAAAAAGCAAUAUAAUAUAUAGAUCACAGUGUAAAUCAUAGCACAUCCAUUUUGCAUGAGCUUAAUCCCCCACAUUCCAAUCUAUAACCUUCACACUUACACAGUAAACACUGCCUUUUGGUUUCUCUGUCCUAAUCGUGUGGCGACGAUACCUGUCGUUAUCAUCAAUUCAUCAAAGACCGUAAACUUUGAACAUUGUAUGUAUCAUCAAAUGUGCAGAGCGUCUUUGGUUUAGUAAUGCUGCUCCUGAGCUGUGUCUGAGUAUCCAGCACUGCCUACUGUGUGAUAAACACAAACACAAUGUAGAUUUUCUAUGAAACGUGCGACUCUGAUUGUGCAGCAAUAUUGAUCUUUCGUAUCCACACACACACAGACACACACUAUCAUACAUGCAAUACCAAAAGCCAUGCAAAAUUAAUUCUGUUCAUUUUCACAUAGGCAUUUGAUCGUCACCAUUAGUAACAAAUUAUUGAUGUCGAUAUUUUGAAUGUCCUUGUCACAACUAUAUAAAUCAAUAAGAGAGUAACUUUUAUAAAUUAUAUUAAGAUAUGUACAGUCUAAAAUGAUAAAAGUCAGUAAGGCUCAAAUUGCUACUUACACAUAACUGGGGUUGAAUGGUUUGUAACAGAGUCUUCUUGUUUACUAUAGGUUUUGUAUUUGUUGAACAGUGUGUAUUAAAAGAUAAAUAAAUCUAUAUGCUGAACCAA